CCCACCGUAACAUGAAUUCGGCGUUCUCCUGUUUUCGGCGAUCGUACUUCUCGCGUGAUUUCGACCGAACGCGCGCGAGGUCAGGGGUCAGUAUGCAAAUUUCCUGAAAGGAGGUCACGUCAACUCGCUCCGUGAAAAAGUUUUCAAUAAUGGAAAUCAGGAAGACAAAUACGACUGUGCGCGGUCCGUAUAGGUCCAAUUACACCAGAGAUGAUCUAGAUAAUGCUUACAGACUAGUGGUAGAAGAAAAUGUGUCCGCACAGAGAGCAGCAGCCAGGUGGGGGGUUCCGGUUUUUACCCUUAAGGAUCGUUUGUUGGGCAAUAUCAGCGUAGAUACUGUCAAGUCGGGUCCCAUGCCUCUGUUCUCCUCACAAGAAGAAUCCUUUUUAGCGAGCCAUAUCAGAGUUAUAGGGGAGAUUGGCUAUGGUUAUACGCGUCAGGAGACCAUUAAUCUUGCAAGCGAUUACGCUGUCAAUCAAGGACACAGAGACAGAGAUCGUCCUUUAAGUCUCCGAUGGCUGUACAGUUUCUUAGGUAGAUGGCCGGAACUUAAAGUACAGAAACCGAGGAAACUUGAUGCAGCGAGGGCGAGAUCAGCCACCAAAGAAAACAUCAGUCGGUAUUUCACAGAACUCUCCAACGUCAUGCAAAAGUACAACUUUCAAAGUUCACCCCAGGCAAUUUUUUAA